AUGUCAAUAUUAGAUAUUAAGUCGUCAGUGAAAUUCAAAACCAUUACUACAAUGCGUACACCGGUACUAGCGAUUGGUAUUGCUGUACUAAUUAUACAGAUUGCGUGUGUCAACAAGACAAAUGCCGAUCGAAAUGAAAACAUACAGGAAUGUCUGAAGUCGAAUGGUCUUCCCUCUGGUUAUUUAGAAAAAUUAAAAGAAGAGGACAUAGACAAUAAAACACUUUGUUUUGCUAAAUGUGUAAUGAAGAAAAAAGAACUAUUUGAUGAUAAUGGAAAAUUAAAAAUGGAAAACGUAAAUAAGGAUAUCGAUUCUCAUAAAAAAGCCAGUGAAGAAGCCAAGAAAGUUGCAAGAAAUUGUAUGGGUCUUAUCAACAAAAUUUCUAGCUGUGAGGAUACUUUAAAAUAUAAGGCAUGUUUAAGCUCUGUAUUUUGUUCAGAAAAAUAAUAUUAUUUAAAUAAUCAACUAUUGUGCUUAAAAUUAAUAAAUUAAAUAGCUAA